CAAAAGCCCCACUCCCAUUUAAAGUUCGUUCACACAACCACGCACGCGCUUUCUCUCUCAAGAAAAUUAAGUCGUCCCAACGACCAAAGACCAAAGAAAUGUCAAUGUUCUGUAGAAUAGUAGUAGCUACAAACCUCGCCUUCUCUUCAGACCCUCCGCCAAUUUAGCGCCACAGCCUCCGCCAUCUUCAGCCCAAAUUUCUAGGGUUUUUGCGGACUCAUCGGAUAUGGAAUCGAGCUCUGCUCCAGUGGAUACUAAUUUCAGAGGAGACCCCACUCACGGUGGACGAUACGUACAGUACAAUGUGUACGGUAACCUCUUCGAAGUUUCUAGAAAAUACGUGCCCAUUCGUCCCGUCGGUCGCGGCGCUUACGGCAUGGUUUGUGCUGCUGUGAACUCUGAGACACGUGAGGAAGUUGCCAUUAAAAAAAUUGGUAAUGCGUUUGACAACAGAAUAGAUGCCAAAAGGACACUACGAGAAAUCAAGCUUCUUCGCCACAUGGAUCAUGAAAAUGUUGUUGCGCUCAAAGACAUUAUACGGCCUCCACAGAAGGAAACUUUCAACGAUGUCUACAUUGUUUAUGAAUUAAUGGAUACUGAUCUUCAUCAGAUAAUCCGCUCUAACCAACCAUUGGCUGAUGAUCAUUGCCGGUACUUUCUUUAUCAAAUAUUACGAGGACUCAAAUAUGUUCAUUCUGCAAAUGUCUUGCAUCGUGAUCUAAAACCCAGCAAUUUGCUCCUUAAUGCGAAUUGUGACCUGAAGAUUGCAGACUUCGGGCUUGCAAGAACAACAUCUGAAACAGAUUUUAUGACUGAGUAUGUUGUUACUCGAUGGUACCGGGCACCAGAAUUGCUCCUUAAUUGUUCGGAGUACACUGCAGCAAUUGACAUCUGGUCAGUAGGUUGCAUACUUGGUGAAAUCAUGACUAGAGAGCCCCUGUUUCCUGGCAGGGAUUAUGUUCAUCAGCUGAGACUUAUUACAGAGCUCAUAGGUUCACCUGAUGAUGCCAGUCUUGGGUUUCUUCGGAGUGAUAACGCCCGAAGAUACGUUAGACAGCUUCCACAGUACCCAAGGCAACAAUUUUCUGCUAGAUUUCCCAAUAUGUCUACUGGAGCUGUGGAUUUGCUGGAAAAAAUGCUCAUCUUUGAUCCAAACAGGCGCGUUACAGUUGAUGAGGCGUUGUGCCACCCAUACUUGGCACCUCUUCAUGACAUCAACGAGGAGCCUGUUUGCCUUAGGCCUUUCAAUUUUGAUUUUGAGCAGCCAUCAUUCACUGAAGAGAAUAUCAAGGAGCUCAUCUGGAGGGAGUCUGUAAGAUUCAACCCCGAUCCAACGAUUCCAACCCAUUAAGAACAUGUGAUUAUGCGAUGAUACAGUAGAUAUUGGACUUGAUUCCCUAGAAUACUGUCGUUAACCCUCAAUGAUAUUCCGGGGAAAGGAUAAAUAAAUCCAGUGUAAAUGCUUGGGAUACAAAAAAUUGUUUAAGAGUUCAUCCAACUUCUGUUUCCGUUCUUGUAGUUAUGUAAUAUUGAGAUGAUGUAUGAAGGGGCUGAAGCAGAACUGCACUCAAGGGUUAUUAUUCGGCAGAACGUAUAACAGAUGUCAGUUCUUGCCCGUGUAGUCUUUUUCCUAUUUGGGUGGUAGAACUUGGACUUUGAGUUUUGUUUCAAUAUUGAUGUUUCUGGUGUUCGUGUACCA